CUAGUGCAAGGCAGCUUGAUAUUACUUGACGGUCUUUGACAUGUUGUCAUAACGAUACGAAAGUCGUCGCAAUUGAAAGCCAGCGAGGUCUUACCUGUGGUCAAGCAAACAAACAGCACACUCUAUACACUACGCUGAACAAUACGAGCAUAGCCGAUCAUGGCCGACGCGCAGGAUCGCAAGCUAGGCGAAGAGGAGGAAGAGGAAGAGGAGCUUGAUGAGACGAGCUACAAGUCGAUCAAAGACGCUGUGCUAUUUGCCAUUGAUGUCAGUCCCACUAUGCUGGAGAGCCCACCAGCAUCAGACGACAGAAAAGCAGACCGCGAUUCACCAACAGCAGCUGCACUAAAGUGCGCGUAUCAGCUGAUGCAGCAGCGCAUCAUCUCAAACCCAACGGAUAUGAUGGGCAUACUACUGUUCGGCACGGAGAGGACUGACCUCAAAGACGGCGACAGCACAUUCCAGAAUUGCUAUCUGUUAUCAGACCUCGACGUUCCAUCAGCACAGGAUGUCAAGAGGUUAAGAGAUUUAGUCGAAGACGAGGAAGAGGCACAGAAGCUCUUGAAGCCAAACGAGGAUGGGGCAAGCAUAGCCACCGUCCUGUUCUGCGCGAAUCAAAUAUUCACAACAAAGGCACCGAACUUCUCCUCGAGACGUCUCUUCCUGGUCACAGAUAACGACUACCCAGUCAAAGUUAAACAGGGUAAAGAUGCUGCUGUGACGCGCGCCCGCGACCUGUACGACUUAGGCUGUACGAUAGACUUGUUCCCAAUCUCCCGCCACGACCACAGCUUCGACCGGACGCGAUUCUACGACGACCUUGUCUACCCCACCUCACCAUCAGACCCCGAUGCACCAGUCGCUAUCUCAUCAACCACUAAAGUCGCCAAGAGCGGCGAAGGUAUCUCAUUGCUGAGACAACUGCUGUCGUCGAUCAACUCGAAGGCUGCCGCACGUCGAGCGCUCUUCUCGUUGCCGCUAGAACUUGGUCCUGGCCUUAAGAUCAGUGUGAAAGGGUACCUCUUACUCAAACGACAAGAGCAUGCCAAGUCCUGCUACGUUUGGGUCGGAGGAGAGAAAACACAGAUCGUCCAGCAAUCAACAUCACACAUGGCUGACGAUACAGCGCGAGUGGUAGAGAAGACUGAGCUACGGAAGGCAUACAAAUUCGGCGGAGACGCCAUCACAUUCACACCAGAUGAGAUCACACAGAUACGGCAGUGCUUUGGCGAUCCAGUCAUUCGCAUCAUUGGCUUCAAGCCCAUCUCUUGCGUCCCAAUCUGGGCGAACACCAACAAAGCCACAUUCAUAUAUCCGUCCGAAGCAGACUUCAUCGGGUCAACGCGUGUCUUCUCAGCACUGCAGCAGAAGCUCGUCAAGUCAAAGAUGAUGGGUCUCGUCUGGUUCAUAGCACGCCGGAAUGCGGCACCAACUCUUUGCGCACUGCUACCCUCAGAGGAGAGGACUGAUGAGGAUGGCGAACAGAUGAUGCCUCCUGGCCUAUGGCUCGUCCCACUGCCCUACGCGGACGACAUACGCCAGUUCCCCGAGCAGCCAGAAUCGCCGCUCAGGACUACUGAUGCUCUCACAGACAAGAUGCGUAUCAUUAUGGAGCAGUUGCAGCUACCGGGUGGCGUGUACGAUCCGAGCAAGUACCCCAACCCCGACCUGCAGUGGUUCUACCGCAUCCUUCAAGCCAUGGCGCUCGACGAAGACAUCCCCACACAACCCGUCGAUAGGACGGUCCCGCGCUACAAACAGAUCGACAAGCGCUGCGGCGAAUACAUCGAAGACUACGGCAGGACAUUUGAAGAGACCUUCACGGAACUGUCGCGGAAUUCGCUAGCUGUCCGUGGAAAGUCUGCGGCCAAGAGAAGGACUGCUGAGCCAGAAGACGGAGACAAGCCGGCGAAAAAAGUCAAGGCUGAGCCGAAAGUCAAGACUGAGAUCAGUGGUGAUGGCUUGACGGAUCAGCAGAUGGCGCUGCUCAACGAUCAGGGGCAGAUCACCAAGACGACUGUUGCAGUGCUGAAGGCAUAUCUCGGUGCAAGAGGGCAGAAUGCGACUGGGAAGAAAGCAGAGCUUGUCGAGAUGGUGCAGCAGUAUCUCGAGAGCAAGGGCUUGUAAGAGCCCGAAGCGUUACAUGAGCAGAGAUAUUAUGCCGUGCGACUCCUUCAGACCACCUGCUUUCUGCAGCGUAUCUACACUGCUCCUGCAGCGGAGUAGUGACGCGACGAGAUUCUGCACGGACAAUCCAAAUGCCUUCACUAUGUCACAGAACUGAACACGCCUCAAGGCACGUACAGUACGACAAAAUGAAAAACUCAACGCACAAUAUAAGCAGCCUCCAAACUCCCCCUCUCAUUCCUGCUACGUUUUGCGAGGCGUCCUGUCUCUGUUCACCGACUGCGGGAUGCCUGGAAAAUGCGGAAGUCUGCGUCUCAGCACAGCGCCACGUUCCACUAUGAUUUGCUAACAAACUAGAUCUAACGCCAUUUUUACGCUAAGUCACGACUCACGGGAGGGCUAUGGC